AGCCAUGGUAACAACUGUGCAGGUGUGAUUGCGGCAGUGGCAAAUAAUUCAUAUUGUGGAGUUGGCAUAGCUUAUUCAGCAAAUAUCAGCGGUAAGCAAAUUAAUUUGUGUAUAGAUAACAACAGAGACUCGUAAGGGGUUGAAAGGUGUACCUCGCGUUCAAUGCUCGUGAAUAUUCACUUUCACCAUAUUUGGAAAUCUUAGUGAAGAAUAUCCAUUUUCAACAAAAUGGCUUUCGCGCCAUCACCAUGCGUUGGUUUCAAGACCAGAGUUCCUCCAUUUCAAGGUUAAAAUUACACCGUUAAAAGACACAAAAUGGAGAGAGAAAGUUCAAAAGAAUGCUCGGUUUUCAUUUUGUGGAGGAAGGGAAGCUUUUCAUCAAGAAAUCGUUCUUCGAGGAAUUCAACCUUGUUUUCUUCACGGCAGGGUGCAUGAUCUGUUUUGAACACAGGCGGCCCAGACGUAGUAUGUGUCAAUGAAUAUAUUAAUAUUCACAUGGACAAAAUAGGAUAAGUCGUCGAAACUCCCAUGAACUAAAAUAGUCCAAAAGUCAAAAUAUAACAAAACAAAGCUAAGAUACCUUUAACUGAACUUAUCCUUGUCUUUCCUGGCCGGUUAAAGUGGCAUUUUGUUGAGCUUUGCAAUUGUAAGUACUUUCACUAAAGAAGAAUUAAAGGCUGGCUACAAAACAAACAGACCAUCUCCACGCGCCUUCACGCGAAGCGCUAUAAAAUCGAGAAUAAUCGACGAAUCCGCUCCAAAUUGCCAUCGGCUAAUCUGCAGGUAAAGUGUGCUCCUGCUUCUUGCUCGCUGGCUCCACAAAACCUAUCGUAACUGCACAAUAAUCGCUCGCUCAUCAACAAACACUGUUGAGCUUUAGGCUUCGAUAUGACCGCAAACUACCAGGUUUAAUACGCGACGUGAAUGUUCAAGCUUAGCGACCGCGUCCCCGCAACAAUGCAACACUUGCUAUGGGAGGGAUGGUACUAUUGCUUCGAGGUCAAUCGACACUGAGCGAGGGUCUGCUGCGUUAGUUUUGACCAGAAAACAAAAGACGAUCGCGCGACCGUCCUUAAGUUUUCAACAGCGCGGCCCUAGUUUGUAAGUUCGAAUUCUUCUAACGUUCGCUGUCACAGCUGCUGUCACAUUGUUUGUCCAUCCGCUUGCAUAAGUUGUUGACUCUACCAGACCUAUUUGCUUAGAUUAAUUAAAUAAUCAGUUCUUUCCAGAACAACGUCUUACUCCACAAUAUGUUGUCCAAACUGGUGAAGGAGGACGACAAUUUUCCGCCCAGGAAAAAGGCAAAAACUGGUCCCGGCUAUGCAGCUAAAUAGAAGAUACAGCUGAAGAUAUGGUAAAGUAAAAUUUAUGUGCGCGAUAUUUUUUUUAUGAUUAUUAUUUUCAAAACUCGGGGGAACCCAACGACGAUUUCCCCCUAAAUGCAUUGAAAACACAUUUAAGGCUGCCCAGAGUACUUUCGAUCUAAAAAUGCGGCAUUCUAAGCAGCGCUAAUACAUAAAUUUACUCAGGAGGGCUAAAAGCGAAGCUCUUGAUAAUAUUUAUAGUUUGCUCAUACUGAAUAUACAGGGUGUUUCAAAAGUUCGUUCCGAUUUUUUAUUCGCUUAAAUUUUACUAAAUAUUAAAAAAAGCCUUUCGUAAAACUUAGUAUGUUAUCCACUAUUCAUUUAACAUUGAAUAACUAAAAUAGUAGUAACCAGAAUGUCUUCUUGUAUGUUUUCUGACAUUUUCUAAGCGGUGAGGUAUAGAAUGUACGAGCUCCCAAAGCGUGUCCAAAGUCACAUUCUUCCAGGCGAAGCGUAGUCACUGUCUCAGCUCGUCCAGUGUUUUGGGGGCUGGAUCUUCGUAUGUUGUCUCGUCUACGAUAAUCCAGAUGGUCUUUAGGGGGUUCACAUCAUGUGAGUUUGCCGGCCGGUCCUCCUUUGGUAUAAAGUUGGCAAAUCCUUCUGACACAUCCUUGCAUGAAGUGUGCACCGCCUUUUUCUCUUCAAUGCUUUCCAACUUUUUUUGUUAACUUAUCCCCAUACCGUUGUGCUCGAAACUUUGAGCGAUAAUGUGAAGUUAAUUUUUUUUUUACAUUUCUGUUUUGUGGAAUUAUUACGCAUAUACUUACAGCUUUUUCCAUAAUAUUUCUCACACAGUUUCUGAAAAAACGGCCAUCCACUCCUUGGUUUGUCUUCUAAGGUCUUUACUACUGACCACUUGUUCGGUCAUCGUUCAGACUUCUUCAGCAAUUUGGCAAUUUAGUUUUAAGACUGAAUGGCCAGAAGACCAUAAAAAUAGAUGCCUGACCUCUAGCAAAAACAGUGUAGGCCUUCAGAGUAGAGAAACGAAAAGAAAACGUUAAAAAUACCAAAAUAGAAAACCUUCAAAAUGGGCAGGAAAAGUAUGGCAGGAAAAACCUCGCGUACGUGUACAGUUGGGGCAAAAAUUAAAAAAAGUAUAUAAUUUCUUCAAAUUUUAGUUUGAAAUUGCUUUGAACGGUUAUUUAGAUAAAUUUCUUACCUGAAUCAAUUUACAUUUGCCUAAAGAAGCAUUAAAUGCUUUGCGCAAACUACAAUUUACAAUCGGAACGAACUUUUGAAAAACCUUGUAAAAUCGUGUAAUGCUAAGCGGAGAAGGGAACGAGAGGAGAGAGAGGGGCACCCAACGACUGUUUCCUCAAAUACGUUGAAAACACUUUUGUAGCUAUUCAUGAAGUCCUUUUAGCUCUAUAGAAAUGCAUUCUAAGUGGCGCUAUUAAAUUUGUAUUUUAGUGUUCAGCCAUUCUAGGGGAACUUGAGUCUUUUCGAAAUUACGAGGAAUUCAGAAUUAUUUUCCCGAAAAUUUUAGAUCCAAUUUAACGUAUUACGAAGGAGAUAAUUUUUCAGAUUCCUUCUUUCAUCACAUUUUUGAAUCCGAAAAUUUUAGGAUUCCUUUUUACUCGCUACGAAAAAUAGCCUAACCCGGGGAGUGAAAUGUGAAAAAUUAAACUUCAGAAAAUAGUAGGGAAUUUAUUAGCCAGAUUAGAUGAGCUUCGAAAAUUGUACAUGAAUGGAAUGGUCAUCUAGAAAUUUUUAGCCAAGUGAAAGAAAAUUAAUUCUCGGCAAAAUUUGCCUCUCCGAACCGAGAUAUUUUACAGAAAACAGUCGUUGGAUGGCCUUGACCAGAACUGUAAAAAAACAACAAUAGGUCUAAUUGCAGCAAACUUUCCUGUACAUUUCCUUGCCGUUGAUUUGCAUGACUACAACGUGAAACGUCCAGAAAACUUCCUGGUUUUCACUUUUUAUGAAGGAAAUGUGGUACCUGUUCUUGUUCACUUUUUCCACUGCCGCUCAAUUUUUUUAGCUUCGCUAUAAAAUUCGUAUCUAUUCGGUGAUCCUAGGGCAAAUUCGAUCUUUUGCAAAAUUACAAGGGCUUCAAUAUUAUUUUCCGAUUGAUUGACCUCGAAGCAAUAGUACCAUUCCUCCCAUAACAAGUGUUGCAUUGUUGCGCGCACGCGGUCGCUAAGCUUGAACAUUCACGUCGCGUAUUAAGCCUGGUAGUUUGCGGUCAUAUCGAAGCCUAAAGCUCAACAGUGUUUGUUGAUGAGCGAGCGAUUAUUGCGCGGUUACGAUGGGUUUUGUGGAGCCAGCGAGCAAGAAGCAGGAGCACACGUUACCUGCAGAUUAGCCGAUGGCAAUUUGGAGCGGAUUCGUCGAUUAUUCUCGAUUUUAUAGCGCUUCGCGUGAAGGCGCGUGGAGAUGGUCUGUUCGUUUUGUAGCCAGCCUUUAAUUCUUCUUUAGUGAAAGUACCUACAAUUGCAAAACUCAACAAAAUGCCACUUUCACCGGCCAGGAAAGACAAGGAUACGUUCAGUUAAAGGUAUCUUAGCUUUGUUUUGUUAUAUUUUGACUUUUGGACUAUUUUAGUUCAUGGGAGUUUCGACGACUCAUCCUAUUUUGUCCAUGUGAAUAUUAAUAUAUUCAUUUGACACAUACUACGUCUGGGCCGCCCGUGUUUUGAAAUGCAACCAAGGCAGCGAAGUUUUCGCUGAAUUUUCAGGUACAAUUUGGUCUCUGUGGCUAAGAGAAUUACGUUUUAGAAAUGGCAUUUAUGUAAUUAUAAUUGUUUCAUACACGUUUUAAAAAUUUUUUCUUCCGCGCUCAUGAAAAAUUACAAAAUGCGCCCCAAUUUAAGGUGGAUUUUGUGUUGAAUUUUGCGAUGUGCUCAGCCGAUUUUACUUGCGUGAACGGAUUCACAAUCCAGAUAAUGUUACUACGCAGAUUGCUUUAAAGGAUGGACUUUUUGGAUUUUGACCAAACAUUUUCAAGAAACGGUUUCUCUGUCUAUUGUUUUGAGUAUGUUCAUUCAGAAAAUUAGCUCAAAACACGAUCUUGAUCCUACACCAUCCAAGUUGAAUUUUUACACGAGUCACUUUUGCGAAGAUGUCGGCGAAUUGUAUACAAUUUUCACUUUCAGGUUCAGUUUUUGGACACUUUUUGAUACGCAGCUAAUGAAUUUUGUUCGACAAAUGAUUUACCUGGUGCCGACUCAACAUUUUUUAAUACAAUUUCAACUCAUCAAUCAUUUUUUCUAAUAGUUUAACAAACGAGAAAGGAGUUAGUAACAAAAAGGUGUAACCAUGCGCAGCAGAUUCUGCACAGUAUGGAGCUCUUUUGAUUCUUAUAUUCAUGGCGAAAUUGCCGGACGAAUUGCGAUUAAUAGUCAACAGGGAACAUAAGGAUAACUGGGAGCUAACUUUUGUAAUAACAGCUGUAAAAAAUGAAGUGGAGGCCCGUGAAAGGUGUGGUAUGAAUACAUCUGUGGAGAAAAAAUCGCCAUUAAAGAAAUCGUUUAACCCUGGUAAUGAAUCGACUGCAAAUGCAUUGUUGAGCGGAAAUCGUGGGGAGUUAAAGUGUGCAAAGGAAAUCACCGAGCGUCUGAGUGCCAAGUUGUAACAAAUAUGGAUGAAAGAAGAGAAAUUUUGAAGAAACAAGGGAGGUAUUUCAAUUGCCUGCGCCGUGGGGGGCACCUAGCCUGUAACUGUGACACCAAAAUUCAGUGCUUAAAGUGCAGUGGUCGUCACCAUUUGGCAGUUUGUAAUAGUAGUAUGGGGGACAGUAGUAAUAAUCCUGCUGGGGCAACAGCCUCACCUGCACUGCAUAUUGGUUCUGGGAUGCAUGUUUUCUAAGCAUCUCAGAUUUUAUUGUUGAAGAUGUAUCCGUUGCAAGUAACGUGAUGAUGAUAUGACCAAUGCUUAACCGUAGAGGGGGGUUAUCCUAACAUAAUGACCUGCUCCGCACGUCCAGGCCCACUGGGAAUACUUUACUAAUUACAGUUGGAAAAGGGAAAAGACAUUAAAAAAUCCUAUUUGCUGGCAAAUAUUUCCUUCAGAAAGCGUGGAGAUCUCGUCCUGGGGUCCAAAGCAAACAAUAUUAUUUACCGAUUUAAAGCUCGAAAAUGGCACAUUUGAAACAGCUACUUUAUGCCCAAUAUUCUAAACGAUUUAUCUGUUCAUAUCGUCAUGCCUAAAAAAUUUUGGGAAAGGCAUAGGCUGAGCUGACAGAGAAACUUGCCAGCAAGUGAGGAGGGUGGCUAAACUUACUUACACCUGUAAUAAAUCAAGGCGAGAGUCGUCGUAAUAGUCUCGACCGUGUUUACUCAAACUUUACUCUUUUUUGACCACGAGGUCCUAGCCCUAGUUUUACAUCAUGUAAUACGACACGAAAUGUCCUCUACUCUACACUAUCCCCUCUCUAAUUAAAAGGGUGAGUCUCCGGAUUCACGGACAACACUUGAAAGUGUAACAGUGUCAAAGUAACCAGUCCAGUUCACAAGCAAAGGAAAGAAAACUAAUACAAAAAAAAAACUGUCCAUAACAAAUCACAGUCUCAAUAUCCUCUUAGUGCUCGAGCCUUCUUUAACAAUUUCGGUCUCAGUUUCUUAAUCCGAUCUUUUUCCAUGGUCUGCUUGUCCUCCAGCAUUUGUACGCGAUCUACAAUUUGCUGUAGACUACUGAUAACCCAUUCUCCAUAACGGUCUGGGGGUCUUCUCACUCGCACCGGUCUUCGAUUCUGGAGAGUAGGCUCCGGUUCCAGUCCUUCACCUUCAUGUUCACUCCCUUCCUCCUCGCCACUGAGGUCAGGUGGGUCAGAUUGAGUUGGUUUGCUUGUAGCAUCUAGGGUAUCUACAAGGGGGCCACCGCCCUUAGUGUCUGGCGCUUCCACUGAAGGAUCACUUCUAACAUCCCUUUCCGCCCCGCUGGGCUGGACGUCAUCCGACUGACAACCACUAAUCUCUGGCGUAUCGGGUUGUUGGCUUGACAGUUCAGGAUCACCUUCCAACAACUCACUCUCUUCUUCAUCUGCACUCAUUGCUACCCCAACAACUGUCCCAUCUUCUUCUCCCGGCAUCGACUGUGCAUGUCCUUCUUCAACAGUCUCCACUGCAGGUGCAGUGCCCAAACCACCAGUAACUACUUCACCCACUGCCUUCUCCUGUUUUCUCUGGUACAACCUCAAGUUGUUGAAAUGGACUACCUUGGACCUCCUAGAACGUCCUGCAACUUUUCUAACACAGUACGUAACUUCGGUGACUUGUGAUACGAUCUCGAACGGACCAUCCCACUGUCGGUGAAACUUGCUUGCUUCACCUGGCCUUAGCUGUGGGGUGUAGCGCAGGACUAAAUCUCCAGGUUGAUAGACCGUGUGCUUCACUCCCUUGUCGUAAGCAUCUUUCUGGCGUCGCUGAGCAACCUUCAGAUUCUCCCGUACAUCCCGGUAUGCACCUUCUAAAUCCUCCUGUAGAUUAGCAGCAAAUUCAGUGUACGAGCACUCACUGUCCUUAACCCCACCCAUCAUCACGUCCAAGGGUAUCCUCAUCUCUCUUCCGAACAUCAGUUCAAAUGGAGUGUGCCCUGUGGAGGCAUGGAUGCUACUCCGGUAGGCCAUCAUGCAAUAAUCCAGGUGUUCAUCCCAGCUCUGAGGUUUACCUCCAACUUUAGCUUUCAACAUGCUCUUAAGGGUCUUGUGUAGGUUCUCAAUUUGCCCGUUGCCCUCUGGAUGGUAAGCAGUUGACCGCGUUUUGUUGAUCUCUAGCAAGUGGCACAUCUCUUCAAAAACCUUCGACUCAAAGUUACGCCCCUGAUCACUGUGGAUGCUGUCGGGCACACCGAAUCUGCAAAUCCAGUUCCUCACAAGCACCUUUGCACAAGUUGUGGCACGUUGGUUAGGAAUUGCAAACGCUUCAGCCCACUUGGUGAAACUGCACUGCACGGUUAAAAUGUAGCGAUUUCCUCUUCGUGUCCGAGGUAAUGGUCCAACUAUGUCAAUGUGGAUCCUUUGCAUGGGAUUUCCAGUGGCCAAUGGCUGCAGAGGUGCUCUUGGCUUUGGUCUAGACUUGCACUUGGCACAGGUAAGGCAACCAUCGCAGUACCGAUGCACGUCCUUUGUCAAGCCCGGCUUCCAAAAUCUCGCACUCAUUUUCUUCAGGGUCUUCAUUCUCCCCAAAUGGGCACCUGCAGGACCAUCAUGAACUUCAGUAAGCGCUGGCCUAACCAGGCUUUGUGGCAAAACUAUCCGUUGCUUAGUUGGAGAGGUGUCUGUAGGCGACUGAAGAUAGAGCACUCCUCCCUUCAGCUGCAACAGGUCAAGUUGCGCCCAUACUGCCCGAGUGGUUCGACUCAUGGGCUGAAGUUCCUCAGUCGUCGGUUUCUUCCACUCUUGUGACAACUGCGCUACCACCGGGCCAAUAUCAGGGUCUUCUCUUUGUGCUUGUGCCACUGCUGCAGUCGACCAUAUAUCCCUCCCCUCACACUGCUUAUGAACCGUUGGCAACCCUGCCACAGCGGCUACCUGGGGUCGGGCUGACGGAACACACGAUGGGCACUCUCCAUGAUGACGCCUUGGUCGCCGUGACAAGGCGUCUGCAUUACCAUGCUGUCUCCCCGGCCGGUGCUCAAUUGUAUAGUCGUAUUCUUGCAGGCGUUCCAGCCAGCGGGCCACUUGCCCUUGGGGCUCCUUGAAGGACAUCAACCAGGUUAACGAGUGGUGGUCAGUUCGUAGGCAGAACCGCCGUCCAAGCAGAUAAUAACGGAAAUGGUCAACAUAGGUGACUAAAGCUAACAUCUCCAACCGAGUAGUGCAAUAAUUUCUUUCAUGUUCGUUCAAAGAGCGACUCCCGUAUGCAAUUACUCGUUCUGUCCCAUCAGGUUGCAGCUGAGAUAAGACUGCCCCGAUUCCCAAAUGUUGGCUAGCAUCUGUGUCCAGUAUGAAUGACCCUGCACCGGCGUUAAAAUCUGGAUAGGCUAGGACUGGUGCACUGACUAAUCGGUGUUUGAGCUCUUCAAAGGCAGAUUGUUGCUCUUGUUGCCAAUGAAAAGGCGUGUCCUUCCUACACAGUUUAUAGAGUGGCUCCGCAAUGAUGGAGAAUCCGGCAAUAAACCGCCGAUAAUAACUAGCCAGACCGAGGAAGCUGUGAAGCUCUUUGACGUCCAGCGGUGUUGGCCAAGUUUCAACUGCUUUAACUUUCUCUGGAUUCGUCCUUAUUCCAUCACCGGAAACAACAUGACCCAGAAAGGUAACUUCUCUCUUCAGGAACUGACACUUGGUUGGCUUUAAUUUCAAACCCGCUGCUUGUAUUCUGUCAAAGACCAACCGUAGGCGGUGAAGAUGUUCUUCAAAUGUAGAGCCCCAGAUGAUAAUGUCAUCUAAGUACACAAGGCAAUGUGUCCAAGUGAGUCCACUGAGUGCCAGAUUCAUCAAUCUGGUGAAGCUUGCUGGCCCAUUUGUCAAACCAAAUGGCAUAACCCUCCAUUGAAAUUGUCCACGAUGAGUUGAAAACGCAGUUUUGGGUUUGUCCUCCUCCUUCACUGGCAUCUGCCAAUAUCCAGAGGCCAAAUCAAGGCACGAGAACCACUGAGCACCGCCCAGGGCCUCUAAGACAUCAUCAGUCCUAGGCAGCGAGAUAGCAUCUUUUUGUGUGUACUGGUUAAGUCUCCGAAAGUCAAUACACAUACGGUAAGUUCCAUCAUGUUUCCGGGCCAACACAACGGGGCUACUCCAGGGACUUUGGGACUGUUCAACCCUACCAUUAGCUACGAGCUCAUCCAGCUGUUGGUCAAUGAUUUCUCUUUGGUGAGGGGGAAUACGGCGCGGUGGUUGCUUAAUUGGUGUACAAUCACCCGUAUUAAUUUCAUGUUCCAUGAGAUCAGAUUUCCCUAAAUCCGAACUGUUCAUAGCAAAAAUGUCCUCAUACUCUUUCACCAGAGACGAGAAUUGUUCCUUUUGACCUUCUGAAAGCCCUUCCAGGUUUUGUUGUUCACAGAUUGUCCUCCACUUUUCUCCCUCUCCUUUUGUCUGCUCACUCUUCCCCACUGUGCUGUCAAUGGUCGAACAGAAUGCAUGUGGCCGAGAGGUACUUUUCGAUUCUGAGUCAACUCCAAUGGGAAUUAUACUACCAUUCACGCUGCUAAUAGGGUGAUAUUCGGCAAUAGGAACAUCUGACCGUAUCUUGAUUGGUCUAUCCGAGAAGUUGGCAACUCGAACAAGGGCCUGUCCCGCCCUUGGAACCACAAGGGAACGAGCUAUGCAAAUUUCCGAUUUUCCCUUUAGUUCCUUUGAGCCCUCCAAGAUCCCAGGGCUUCCCGUAUUUUGUUCAUAUCCCUCUUCCAAUCUAGCUCCUAGCACUUGUUCAGUCCCCGGCUCUACUUCUACUUCAGCACACAGAUAAAGUCUACAAACACUAGGUGUGACCUUGCAGUAUCUAAUAGGAAUUUCAGCAUCUCCUACCACAAAGGUUCCCGUGUCAUAGUGAAUUUGACAUCCAUACUGCUGAAAAAAGUCUGAACCAAGAAUACAAUCAUGUGCUAGACCUUGCGCAAUCAUGACAGGCCAGGAGCAAUCCAUGUUUCCUAUGCGAAAUCUCACUUGGGUUUCUCCUAAGACAGUCAGUUCAUUGCCAUUUGCUGUCGUUAAUGUUCCUAUCACUGGUUUAAGUUUAGAAACAUAUCCACUUUUCUUCCAUGUGUCCUCGCUCAACACACUAACCGUAGCGCCAGUGUCCAACAAUACACAAGUUAAACAAUGAUUCACAAGUCCAGUAAUAUAGAUCCCGGAAUCAGAUAUGGCUGAAAUUACACUGUCAUUCGCGGUUGUAUUGUAAUUUACCUCACGGACAUCACUGUCUGACAGGGCCACACGUACCGGUCCUACGGGGACUGUCUGGCCCUUGGCAGGCCCCGAGCUCCGUUUCCCGUUGUAUUAGUCGGACAAUCACGUGCAAAAUGACCCUGUUUACGACAAUUGUAACACACUACUUCGUUUCGGCGCCGUGGGGCUGUCACGGUUUUUGCUUCCGUUUUCAUUUCCAGCUCACGAAUUUUCUCAUUCAUGCCAAGAACUAAUUCCUUGAGCUCGCGUAUUUCAGAUGAAAUCUUCUCACUAUCAGCCGAGGCACCAAUCACAUUAACAGAUUUCUUCUUCUCAACCGCAGGAGCUGCGCGACAAGCCUUACGAGCACUUUCCAACUGGCGAACCACACGCACAGCUUCCACGAGCGAACUCGGCUGGCUCAUAAAAACUCUCUCACGAAUGUCAUCACUAAUUGCUACACCUUGAAGAAACUGGUCCCUUGCCAGUUCCACUUUAAACGAAUAGGCCGCCUCUGGGUACGCAUUUUCGACCAAUUCCAUCAAGCUAUCCGCAAAUCCAUCGAAAUCUUCAUUUGGCUUUUGGCAUCGUGCCCGCAACUGCAAUUUGUAAUCUUCUUUCGUCUUCCCCGAAUCAAAUCUUCGAGUCAACUGAUCAGUAAAUUCUUCGAACGGUAGCGAUUCCGAGAGCUUGAGCAGCUCAACAGCUUUGUAGGCCGGUUGGUCCAAUAAUGUAAGCAAAUACGCUCGACGAUCCACCGGUUUGAUGUGCACGAGACUUGCGUAUUGCAUGAACUGCGAGAGCCACGUUUUGAAAUUUUGGCCCACCGAAUAAACGCGUGGAGCUCUUACGUUCCUCCUAACUUCGCUUUGUUCGCUUGACGCCACCAUACUCUGCUUUAGAGCUUGAGACAGGGUAUUUACGAGCUGCUGCAGGUCACUGCCCCCUUCGUGUGGCUCUACUUUCGGUGGUUUCUUCUUUUGUUGUUGUUUCAGCACGGGUUCUGUCGAUUCAAGUUUCGGUAACCCUCCUUCGGCGCCUGCGGACAUUUCAUCUAGUUUCGGUAACCCGCCUUCGGCUCCUGCUGGAGUUCCAUCUUCUUCGAUCUUUAUAUCCCAGUUCGCUGCCACCAAUGUAAUAAAUCAAGGCGAGAGUCGUCGUAAUAGUCUCGACCGUGUUUACUCAAACUUUACUCUUUUUUGACCACGAGGUCCUAGCCCUAGUUUUACAUCAUGUAAUACGACACGAAAUGUCCUCUACUCUACACACCUAAGACUUGUUUGCACACAGUGGGCCCACACAAUGUGUGUGUGUGUGUGUGUGUGUGUGUGUGUGUGUGUAACCGCUUUUUGCUUUACCUAUAACGAUAUAUCGCUAAGUAUAUAUAUAAAUAUACCUGCCAACUUUUUCUGAGAUAUAAGCGUGAGAUUUUUUAUCCUGGGAGUGCUGGGAUUUUUGAAGACGACACGAUCAUUUCCGAAGAAGUCCGAAGUCUUCCGAAGACGUCCGAAGUCUGCCGAAUGCGAAGUUAUCGAGAAAACGCUUAUCCACAAGGACCGACGUUAGUUGAUAACAUCAGCGCUAUAGUUCGAUCGCGAGGAAGAUAUUGUCAUUUAUUCAUUUUACACAUGGUUUUCAUUCCUUACAUGGGUCUGAGUUAACAUAUUUUUGGAAAUUAUGUCAAGCAAGACGGUAACAACUCACAUUUUUCAAUCAGGCGUGAGAAAUUGGUCCGCAAGCGUGAGCCGGCGUGAGAUCGAAGUUUUCAACCCGCAGGCGUGAGAGUUGGCAGGUAUAUAUAAAUCAAUGUUAAAUGAACGUUGAAAUACCUUAACUGUGGUACAUCGUCGUCUUUUUGUCCCAAAAGCAGUUUUUUGAGCGUUUUUGAAGGAUUUUGUGUUCGCCGUUUACUGUUCCUAAUAAUACAAGGACAAGGGAUGAAUUUUUGUUUUGAAAAGGCUCCAGCGCCGGAGCAUUUUCCCCCCCAAAAAUCGCAUUGCUCCGCCUUCAAACUUCGCGGCAAGAAGGUCGAAAGAUUCACGCUUCUCCUCGUACCUUCCGAUCGAAAAUCCAUCCAAAAGGUUCGGAGCUAGCCCUCGAAGAAAAUUAAAAUCCCACACACAGUUUUUGAACGGUCAAAAUGCGUAGCAAGAUUCAUACGUGCCAGCAAGAAACCGUCCCGCUGAUCGCCUCUUUUUGAUUGGAUGUCGUUAACCAAUUAGUUAAAUAAUAACUGAUUUAAAGAAGACGUGGUAAGAGUUUAUUGUUGGUUUGGCCAAAGGGCUGGUGGAUGCUUAAUCGAAGGAAAGGAGCUCUUGCCGCUAGAAAUUUGAAACAUUUGAUAGUUUUUGGCUAAACGUCAUGUUCAGUUGACUAUUUCCCAAAUUAGGAAAUGAGCAGAUAAAAACUCAACCUACUGAUUCUUAUGAAUGAAAUACCAAUGUUUUUUGUAGAUAUAAUGAACAGUAAACGACAGGAGAAAACUUGAUAACGUGAUAUUGUUUAUGUUCUUUUGUUUCUUGUUUCCGUCCAAGAAGCGGUUUGCCUAAAAAAUGGCUCGGCAUGUAAGAACCCGUGAGGUGUAUUAAGGUUCGCACUUAUCACGUACUAGCUUUUAGCGACGCCAAUAUUAGAGCUCGAGCUCUAUCCGAGGGAAGAAAACGUUACAAGGAUCUUAAAUAAAUAUUUCUGUAGGCUGACCUCCAAGUAAAAGAAAAGAAAAUAGUUAUUAUAAAAUAAAAGCAAACUAUUGUUUUACUUUUGGUUUUAGGCAUCAGGAUUUUAGACAAUAAGCUGACUGAUGCCUUAAAGGCUAAAGGCCUUGGAUUCAGACAGGAUUAUGUGGACAUCUACUCUAAUAGCUGGGGACCUGAAGAUAAUGGUUAUGGAGUAGCUGAAAUUGGAGUUAUGACCGAGAAAGUCAUUAGGAAGGGGGCAAUAGAGGUAUUUAGUGUGACCUGCAUUUUUCGGAUUGCGAGGGCGUGAGAUGAAACAAAAGGACGAUUUAAUAAUUGUUGAAAAAGCCCUGUACACUCCUUGGUAGAUAGGCUGACACCUGAAGCAUAAUUAUGGUAGCACCGAGAUAUCUGGCAAUUAAUGAAUUCGGCUUUCGUAUCAUCUGAAGAUUUAUGGCGAUCUCCGAGGGUGCUAACACCCUCCGAGAUUUCCACAAGUGGAAUUAAAUAAUUUUUUUAAUUAUUAUCCAUCCAAAUUAAUUCGUAGUUUAAAAACAAGCUUGAACGUGCCUUCCUCCAUCGAUGUUAAGCUCAUCUUCAAUUGCCUGUUUAUCGGCAAGUUUAGGAGAUAAAGGCUUGUUCCUGAGUACCGCAAAUAUUCUCCAAAUAGCAGAUGUUGUCUAUCGAGUUGUCUUCUUGCUGUUCUAGCAAUAUUUUUAGCUAAUAGUUCGCCUAUUUCUUCCUCUAAAACUAUUGAAAUGUUCCGCCACGUUACAUUCACUACUAAAACAACUCAACCUUGACCCCGGGUGUUCUCGGUUAACUGUUCAACGAUCUGGCAAUUCGCCAUUUUAAAAUACUGUAAUAAUCUUGUGUCCCCCCUCUUCCACCCAUAAGUUUGCUUUUCCAUUGUUUUCAGUUUCUCUUGGAAGCGUCCCAAGAAGAACUGAAACAAUGGUUAUGCAAAUUUUUUUGGGCGGGGGCGGGGGACAAAAAGAUAAUUAUGGUAUUAUCUAAAGUGACGCAAUAUGCUGUACAAUAGUUCAUUUCCGAGUUUCCCGAGACCUCCCUAUCAAAACGAGGUUAAGUGCUGAUUUUUCAUUCUCAAGCAAAUAAAACUCAUUUUCACAACAAAGGUUGUGCACUUGGCCUCAUUUUGAAAGUGAGGGUUUUGGAACUCGGAAGUGGCCUAUACACCGAAUGCAAAUGUGGCGGACCUCUUGGCCGGCCCGGAUCUAGUUGCACGAAAGCGAGGCUAGUGAGGCCUCAAGAGUUUUGUUUUGCCUGCGCGUCGUAGUGAUUGACUCGAUCCAUAUGGUUUGCUUUGAGUUGUUAACUGCUUAACAGCCAUCAAAGAGGAUAUUUAACUUCUGCAGAUACGAAAGUUGAUUAUCUUCCCCUUGCCAAAGUUCUUUAAGAAGAAAGAAAUGGAUUCGAGUGAUUUGAAUGGGAGAAUUACUGAGAGAUGGUUCUGUUUCAAGUUCGCUUUGUCCGUUAUCUUACAAAGGAAAGAUAACAUUCUCAAGAACGGGUGAAUCCGCUGUCGAAAUCCUUAGGAGCUCUCAGGAACAGUUCAUGAAAUGUUUACAAUGAGGCCGAAUGUUUUCACAGUCUUUACGAUCCUGCGUUCAAGAGUUUGAGCAGUGCCAGAAAAGUAGCAAUUUUUAGAAAAACGCUUUUAGUUUAUCUCGAAACCCUUAGACAAGUUGCUAAAAUAGAUCACGUGCAAGGGCAAAUACAAUGCUCGAAUACUUGCACGCUCUUCCCCUGCCAGAACCUUUUCCCUUCUUCUUACUUUCUUAGUUGGCGAAAGUUUCUCUGUUAGUCUUUUUCAGUGCACUUUGAUCAAGGGACUGUUCUUCAACAUGUCGCUUUUUUCUGGUUCUUACAUGGUUUCACAGGCCACGCUUGUAGGAUUAACACAGGCGAUUGUUAUUGUUGUGUUUCAUUCACACUCGUCACUAUUGUUGUAUUUUGCAGCUGUUUCUAGCGUGAAAUCUAAAAGAUCUUAAAGUCGACAGCGGAUGCUCCCUUUCUGGAGAAUGUUUACCUUUUGUUGGAUAAAUAACAGACCAUGCAAACAUCAUGGAACAGCACCAUCUCUUGCGAAAAUUUUUUCAUUCAAAUACAUUUGUGAGUCCGGUCUCUUCCAAGGAAGUAAAGCGAGUACACCGUUGUGUUUUCGCUGUAAAGUGCUUCCCAUCGCAGUGCCGAAUCACAUAAAUCCUUAACUUUCUUUGAGAAAAGAUCUCGGAAAAGUAAAGGUAGUUCCAGCUAGAGUAAAAUAUCCUUUUUGGUGGCGCUCAAGCACGCAUCAACUCGAAGUAAACCAUAUCGAUCGACUCAAUCGCUAAGACGCCCAGUCAGAACAAAACUCUUAAGGCCUCACUAGUCUCGCUUUCGCGCAACUAGACCCGGGCCGGCCGAGAGGUCCGCCAAAUUUGCAUUCGGUGUAUUGACGUCAUUUUUCACAUAUCGCAAAAUUCUUCCAAAUUUGGUCGACAGUAGCUGGUUAUAUAAUAAUUAUUCACAGAAGUGGAGGUGGCUAGUGGUUAAAUUUAACGAUGCGCGAAGCGUCGAGGUAAAUAUCCACCACUGACUACCGACACCGAGGUGAAUGACUGUUUUAGUAUAUGGUAAAACACUGAGAUAAUUGAGCACAAAAAUGACUGAUGGGCCGUCUCGUUUUCUUGUCGACUAAUAAAACUUUUGAAGGCACUUGUUUAUCUCUUGCGGGGAAAUUUCUUCAAAAAGAGUUGUGAAUUAUUUUUCUAUUUGAAACCACUCUGUAAAAAAGGCUUUUAAAUAAAGUAACUCAAGACUUAAUUUGCUUUUGUAAAGAAAAACUUUUAUCGAUAAAUUCAAGUCAAACAGACAAACUCCCUCUUAAAACUUCGGAACCGAAUUCCGUCACCUUCUUCGUGUACUUCAGGAACAGCUUGUUUGAUUAUUGUAAAAUUUCUUGGCCUCUUACGACAGCAAAAUGGAGAGCCAUUUAAGCUCAUUUUGCUCGUAACUUACGCUCGCAUGGAGGAGUUGGACGUGAAUCUCUGUAAAACUCUCGAUAUUCCGACUUUGAUUAAGCAAUCAGAGAGCGCAAAAAACACCGUCCACUGUUUUAUUAUAUACUAAGAUGAAUUAUAACUCGGAUUUUACCCAAUCAAAAACUGAGAAAUAGUUUGAAUGAAUUAUGAAGUUUGUUAUGUCCAGAACAAAAUUGCACAAACUUUUAUUAAAUGAAACAGGCGUGACAGUGUAAUCAAUCUUAUAUGACAAGGUUAUAUAGCUAUUCGUCAAUUUUCGGAUGUUGUAAAAUCAUCAUUAUAUUUUUCAUUUCACUUGGAAGGCAAUUAAAGCGCUUUCUGGAACAUAACUUUGAAAAGCUGUAAGUGAUGAUUCAAAGGUUCUUAAUCUAAACUCUUAGGGCCAGUUAUUUAAACGGAGUUUAGCCAGUGUUUAACAAAACCGCGUUCUACGACAUUUUCAGUUUGCGCAACACUUUUAUCUUAACACUAUUUCCCAUUGACAGUUUCAUUAAAGCAUGUAGAGUAGACAAGAAAAGCAUUUGUCGUCUUAAAUUGACCUACUAAGGAAGAGAUAUGGAGGUCCAAAGAUUUCUUAAAUUUUUAAAAGAUCUAUAUAGCGUACUGGAAAUAAAAGUAAGAAGCAAGUUUUUCACGGUCAAAUAUCCUUUUGGGUUGAUUUUAUCGACUUUUGUGCUCACUAUUAGGGUCGAAGAGGACGUGGUUCAAUGUAUGUAUUUGGUGCGGGCAAUGGCGGAUAUUCAAAAGACAGCUGUUCCUUUAAUGGUCUUAUAAACAGUAUAUACACUAUUGGCAUAACUGGUGUCAAUAAAGACGGCUCAGUACCACGCUAUGGGGAACGUUGUCCAGGAAUCAUGGCAGUAACUUACAGUAAAGAAAUCUUUACUCGGGCAGAUAAAGUGGUAAGCAUAUCUACGUCACGCUCACACCUACAUUAAAAUGAAAUAGCUGAAAUGUCCCAGGGCUUUGAAGUCAUGAGUAUGCCUUUAAAUAGUGAGCUAUUUCACAAGGCUAAAAGCAUAUAUUCAAAAAAAAACUAAAAGUAUUCCCUUUCGUUCUGUUCGUUCUGUCGUGUUUGGUCUUCGUCCCUCCCUUAAUUACAUGCUUUGUCCUCCGAUAAAAGGGCAAUAGCUAAGUUGUCCCAAAGAAGAUUCCUUUACUGAAAAGAGUGGUUGACGGCAGGAGUUCCUUUACAAGCCGUGUUCCUUGCUUUGGUAAAAUCGUUAAAGCACCACGAGAACUACAGCCUUAGAUUGGCUAGUUGACUGAGUACAAAGGUAAGUAAAAAAGAAGAAGCAACUAACAGAGUCAAGUAUCUCUUAUACAGAUAAUACUAAUCUUCUGUUACCGACAUGUCCGGUAAGCCAACUUGUUAGUGGCCUCAUUAUUUUGGUCUAACAAAGGUAGUUGUCUCAAAAGUCAAUUCUUAUUGAGAAGUCAGCACCUAUAUAGAUCUCGUGAUCAGCACCGUGAAGGUUACUAAAUGCACAUUAUUAUUCAUUCAAAAUAUUUCCCAAAUUCUGAUUGGCUAGAAGCACACGCAUAAUUCACCAUAACCAGUUACUGAUGACCAAAUUUGGAAGAAUUUUGUGCUAAACGAGGAAAUGGCGUCAAAAAUUCAGCCCUCUGCAGGUUAAUGCACCGUUAACCGAGAAGACCUGGGCACGAGGUUGACUUGUUUUCGUUGUGAAAACUAAAAUGGCGGACACUCGUUUCAAGAGUAAGAACUACAGCUGGAACUAGGCGAAAUAAUGGCUAAAAACAUAGCAUUUUGUCGUUAUUCUGUUGAGCCUCCCGCUGUAUCCGAUUUUGGAGAAUACUUGCGGAGCUGGACAAACCUAAACGUACACUAUCGAAGAUAAACUUAACAUCGAUGCAGGUAAGCAUGUUUUAAUUGUGUUUUUAAACUAGGAAUUAUUUUGAAUGAAUAAUAAAGCAAUUAAUAAAUUCGGCUUUCGUAGGAUAUGAAGAAUUAAGCAGAUCUCGGAGGAUGUUAUCCAUCUCAGCCUUCAGCCUCGGUGGAUAACACCCUCCUUGAUCUGCUUAAUUCUUCCUAUCCUACUCAGCGUCAUUCAUUAACUGCGAAAUGUAAAAGCCCAUACCGACAAGUGUGCCAAUGACCUAAAGAAACUACAAAACCUAACAAUUACUGAAACACUAAAUUCUCUAAAUUUAUGAAUUGAUUCUGACCAUAGAUCACAGCAAGCCAUUAUGGAGAAUGUACAGACAGGUUCUCCGGCAGCUCUGCUGCUACUGCCAUGGCAUCCGGACUUAUUGCUUUGGCUCUUGAAUCAAAGUAAGUUUAUUAUUUUCUACAGUUAAAACUUUUUUUCCUAUGACGAACAAAUGAGAGUAUUCACAUGCUGUGGAGCGUUCGAUCUUGAAAAAGGAAAGAAGAAUCUUUUUUAUGUAUCAACGUCCUCUUAAGGUGGCUGGUCACAGAUUGUGACAGAUAGCUAGAUUACAGUUAUAAAGCUCAAAUUUGGCAUGCAAAAAAUAUUUACAAUACACUAAAUUUAUUAAAUGAAACUUAUGAUUUCGAUCGUUGUCAUGGCAACAUGGAUGAUAUAAAACAAGCCUUAACUUAUAAGUCCAGAUUUCCUUAACCAAAUUGUAACAAACAGUUUUUUUAAAUUAUCACGAAAACAGCUAUCCGACUAACUUGAGUGAGUAACAAACCUCCCUGUUCAACUUUUAUUUUGCGUCUUUCAUUGACUGAAGUACAAUUUUAACAGAAGUAUCAGUAUUUUUUUUCUAAAAUCUACUACUCCUGUCUUAAAAGAUAUUGUCGUUUGCUCACAAUGCCUAUGAAAGUUAACAAAACAGUGGCUCUUACAUUGUUCCCUGUACGACGCUUGCUCAAUAUCUGUGUGUGUCCUGGGAUCACUCGGUAUGUCAAAGGAGAUGAAACCGGAAUAAAUGUCAACUAACAACUUCUGACAACCUCUAAGCUCGUUGGCUGCAUAUUUCCUCAUGAUAAAUAUGUUCACAAUAAAGGGAUAAAGCAUUUAGAGAAACUGUGGCCAGCCACUUUUUAAAGUUUAUUCAGAAACUCAACUUAUUCUCCGGUUAGGCAAAGCGGCUUGAACUGAGGAAGGAAGUGACUUGCAUCUUAAACUUUUAUGCGUGUGUCUGUGUAAUUUUUUCCACAUUUAGCUCAACCUUGAAAAUACAGUUAAAGAUAACAAACCACAAGAGAGUACAGCUGUCGUUAACCAUUUAGCUAUCUUAGUGUAAUCUACACCAUUUGGUGGCAGAAUCAAAUGUAUUCAUUGAACCAAUUCUAACGCAACAAAACGUCGUUAAUUUAACUAUUCUGAAAUGCUCUUAACGUCAUUAAUAUGUUUCAUAAUUGUUUUCGACCAGCAAAAAGUUGAGCUGGCGUGACAUGCAACAUAUCAUCAUAAGAAGUUCAAGGGCAGAUGGCAGCAUACUUAAAGCAGUGGACUGGAUCACAAACGCUGCCAAUUUGACGGGUAGAUUAUAUCUUAACAUGUGCUUGGUUUAGGCGGCGUAAGUUAUCCCUAAAUUUAAAAAAGCCUUUGCCAGUAGUGCCAGGACGGGCUCACCAAGCCUACAACAGUUGCUCGCAUAUCAUGUACAUCGAUUUUAGAUAGCAACUUCGCAAACUGAGUCUAGCAAAGGCUAAAAGCGAAGCCCCCAUUAAUACAUUUGUAAUUUGUAACUGUUUCAAAGAUAAACUUGGAACUAUUGCAAUCCACAAAUCAAUACCUAACUUCGGUGGAGGACCAAGAGGAUAACCCUUGAGGGGGCUCGAAGUUUAUUUAUUCAGUCGCCGUCUAAAAAAAAACUCAGGCCCUGUGGCAUUUGCGCUUAGUCUUUUUUAUGAACUGUUUUCUUUUAUAGUUAAACCCCCCAAAAACUCCAAAAACUGAUCCAGAUUACAAGAACUAAUAUUAGAUAGAAAAACGCAGGAAGGCAUGUUGUUCGAAAUAUUAAAAUUGUAGUUCCAGCAGCCCCUGAUCACCAACACGCAAGUUUAUUUUGGCUUAACAUUUAAUGUAUAAGAAACACGGGCCUUCUGUUUUCUGCAUUCGGCCAACGUUCCAUUCUCUUCUAUUAAAAUGAUUAGUUCUACUUUUGUAGCCAGUAAUUAUGUUGGAUUUGGCCUAAUGGACGCCUACAGACUAGUAUCCUUCGCCAAGAAUUGGACAAAGGUUCCACCACAGCUCAGUUACACAACAUCGAGCCAUCAGAAAAACAGGUUCGUCAAGUUAGUCUUAAAUAGAGCAUGGAGAAGCAUAAUUACCUAAACGUUUACUUAACAGGUUCGUCCAUGUUACUUUACAACAUGAAAUUAGUAUAGAUAAUCACAUGAUUUCAAGUGCAAUUGGGAAUAAAUAUUUAAAGCACGAGUAAAUUUUCCUCAGGUCUUUGAAAAAUUUAAAAGUGUUUUGUUUAUUCCAAAUUGGUAUGUGUAAUCAAAUGGGGACGACGACGUUUUGUCCAAACCAAAAUGAUACGGAAAUUGUUCUCUAAUUUCACGAGUAUACCGUUUGAUUACCUAUUAAUAUUAUAGGUGACGAAUUAUGACUGCAAUCGUGGAUUUUUGACAUGUUUAUCCUAGUUUUAUGGCAUCCAUCGGAGAACUCCACUCUCUCAAAAUUUUAGAGCUUAAAUUUGGCUUGAGCUCAGAAUUUUCGGAAUGUCUCGACAAAAUACCUGUUAGAAUCCUUCUUGAUGUGUUCUUUCGUGUGUUUAGGUUUUCCAAAGCGUCUUUUAAUGCCCUGACAUGUUCAUUCGUAAAACUUUAAAAUUUCGUCGCCAUUUUGGCACUGAGACGUACGGAAGGUUGCGAAGGCAAUUUUGUAAUUUCACAUGUGAAAUUACAAAUUAAGGCUGAAAUUUCGUGCCAAAUAAUUCGUAACCCUUGAUAUUAUACUAGAAAAAUAAUACGAUUUCAUUUUAUUUUUAAACACGAAAAACACAUCCCUAACAACAAAUUUUGACAGCGCGCGCAGUCAAAAUUUAAACUUUUUCAAGACCAACGCUUUCAAAGCCAUUCCAAAAAAGAACUUGGAGGCGUGAAAGGAUUGAUUUUCAACAAGCCUCUUUAAGAAAACUCGGUUUACAAUAAUCACCAUCAAAAGUAAAUGUUCAAUCAGAAUUAUCCUCGAUUGUAAUAAAAGCUCGACGUUUACAAGAACUAGACCGCCAACGUCGCAUGUUUUCGUGUUCGCUGGAUAAACUACCUGAAGAGAAAUAAGAACAAAGGGAUACCUUUCUCCUGCAACGCGGACAAUAUAACUGGCUCGAAGUUUACGUUAAAAUGAUAGAAAACUUACUUCUUUGCUUAUUUUAAUGUCUAACGACCCCUCAAACUAGUGCACCUACCAUGGCUCGUUUUUCUCACCGUUUUAUAUCGUUUUACAUAGCUAAAUCAAAUCGUUUGCCAUUUUCCUUAGUGCCUCAUUUUCCACCAAUAUAUUGCUACAUUAACAGUUAUAAUCUGACUAGCUCUCGUUUUUGUCUUUUAAGCCAAUCAGAAACCAUUUGUAAUUUGCACUCCUUUUUUCAGCCAAAUAGAGUAUUUUUUUUGUCUGUAUAUAAGAUUAUGAAAUUUUUUCUUCACCUUUUGUUUGAUUUACACCCGCGACUCGAAAUUUAUCAGGCGAUUCUUGUUGCAUUUUAAAACACGUUCGGCUGUCAUCAUCAUCAUCACUAUUAUUAUUAGCAUCUUAUCAAAUUUUUUACAUCUUUUUCGCAUUUCACUAAGUAACUUCCCAGCAUUUUUCAUUUUUUUCAACAAACAACUCCUUUUAUUUUAAAAUCUUGGUUACAAAAAUAAAUUAAACACAACCGCAAAGCUGCAAAAGUAGACAAGGGAAAUGAUGAGGUGGCGCGUUCUUCAAGCCCUCUUUGUUUGAGGUCUAACUAUUGUCAUAGGAUGGGCAAUUUUGUAUAGACUGUAUACCUUCCUCCCUUAGAAAUUCUGAGCAACACAAAACGUUCUCAAAACCUGACGAGCAAAUGUAACAUAACAAGUGAAUAUUAAUGGCUGUACGGUAUCUUGUCAGGUCUAUGUGUCAAAAAUGAGAGGAGAGAUAAUAUACGGAACAAUAACGUACGAGCAAAUGUGUUUAUUUAGCUCUAUAUACAUGUAUUGUGUACUGCAUCUUCUCCCUUUAGUCAGCAUAGUUAUGGCAGCUUUGAAAACAAGUUAUUCUUAAUUUAAGCGCCUUCUCGCCUCGCGGGUCUUAGCUGUUUUCUCUCUGCUGACUUUGGUCUGCAUGAUUCCAGAUUCUGGGUUGAUAUGUUUGCCCAGUGGUGACUCACCGUGUCCUUGCCUUGUUCUGAAAAACAAACAAGUUAUAUAACCAAACGUGUUGUAGGGAAGAAGCUGAAGUUAAAGUCCUUAAAAUGUGAUAAGGUCGUCGAUAACAGAACCUCGCUAAUAAGGUUGGAGGACAGAUAAUAGACCGUGACCAUGGCAGAAUGACAGUAAAAGCUGAUAAAGAAAGGAGAUUUGACCGGUGAUCUUACAGUGUUUUUGUUCCGCGACUCAUGUUUUCAGUGUGGAGAGCAGCUUGGCUUACUCCGCUGAUCAAUCAUUUUCACAUAUCUUAAUACAACUGAGCAUGAAUAUGACUGUUAUUGAAUAGAUUACUGAUUCAAUUAAGGUUGCAUUGAGCCUUAGGCACCAGGAAGCUAUUGUUUUGUGUUUACUCAGGCAACUCAGUGAGCCCUCAAUUACACGUCAUAGUCCGAGAUGGCGAACCAAUCAAGUUGCCAACAUCACUGAGAGUGUACAUAAUAAUAUAAAUUAUUGCUUGUAUUCCACACGCCUUCGAUAGCACAUACACCACCCACUCGGUAAUGAAACAAAAAAAACAGACGAACUUUGAACUAUUCUUGUUCAUUCCAGGGCGAUUCCAUCAGAAGAAACACUGACAGUGAACAUAUCUCCUAAUAAUAUAAAUUUCUUGGAACAUGUUCAGGUCCGAGUAACUCUCAACUUCACUCGCCGAGGGGACCUAGAAAUGGAUCUGACAUCACCGUCGGGGACAACAUCGCGUCUUAUCCAGACCCGUAAAAGGGACCAUUUCACUACGCUGACAAACUGGACAAUCUUGACAUUGCAAUUCUGGGGUGAGACCGCGUCAGGAGUCUGGAAGCUCACUCUCAAGAAUUCCCGGCCAGAAAGAAAAAACAUAGGUAUUUUGUUUGAUCUUUUUUAG